GGCUGUCUGGGGCCCCCGAGAGCAGAGACCGGGCUGGGGACCCGGAGCGCCGAUCCUCCCUCGGGAGACCGCCGGGGGAAGCUUGCCCUUCACGGAGAGCUGGCCCCGGGGCUGCGGCCAAAGCAUCUCGCAGGCGCUCCGCAACUCUGCGCGCGCUGAGAUUAGUGCCGGCCCCACUCUUCCUGCCGCGCCGGGGUUGCCCAGCCAGACGAGGGUCCCUCCCCAGCGCGCGCUUGCCCAGAGCCCGCCCGCGUCCCAGCGCCCCGCUUGGGCGGGAGUGUCUGUCAUGACUGACCCGGGCGCGCCGCGCUUCGGGGAAGGCCAGGGAGAAGCUGCGCUGACGGCCCUCCGUAGGGACUGGACUGCCAAGGGCAGCUGGCGCCCUCCAUCGCUGCCAAGAGUCUGUUCAGGUCUUGGUUGAAGGAUCGUAGCUCUCCCACCUUCAGCAGCCCCCCACCUCCAAUCCAUGGCUAUUUUGACCCAAGGGGGACCUUUUUUGUCAACAGAUGUCUCUGAACGAAGUAGAUUGAAAGACCAUCUUCCCAAUUUCCAUAAUGUUAGGGAUUUAAACAUUAUGGAGUUUAGCCUAACACAAGGGUUAAAAACACUGGACCAUGGAGGCUGAUUGGGAUUUAUAUCUCGGCCUAUAUUUCUUCCUUGUAAAAUGGGGAUAAAAAUACUACUUACCACAUAGAACCAUUGUUGAGGAUUAAAUAAAAUAGGCAUGUCAAAUGCACAGUGCUAGUCGCAGCUCCUGUUUUGUUGAGCCAUCUUUCCCCAAAACGUGAAAAUGGCUUUGACCAGCAGGUGGCACUGGUGACUGUGUAAUGUACAGCGUGUCAGAUAAUACCUGACGGAGCCUCAAGUGUUUAGAGGCCCCCUGGAAAUCUUGGCUGAAUUGACAACCUUAAGCUUUCUUCAAGCUGGAAAGUACAUUAGAGAUUAAGUAAUGCUAUAUCUCCAGUUUUUGUAGGUUGAGACUGACUGGCUUGUUUAAGCAGGUUACAGUGGGUCCCAACUUUCCUCCCUCAAGUUUACUGUUACUUUUUUUUUUUUAACUCUUCUGCCACUUUGCUGGACGGUUGCGAUGGCAGCUUGAAUAUGCAUUAGAAUUAGAUUGGAAACCACAGAGUUAAAAUGGAUGUCUGCAUUCUUUCAAAAAAAAUUAUGUAGCACUUACUAUGUGCCAGACAUUGUUCUGGCACUAGUUAUACCGAAUAUGGUGAACAAAGCAGACACAAUACUAGCUCUCAUGGAGUUUACUUAUUAGAGCAUAAGAUCAACAGUAUAAAUAUUAUAUAUAAUAUAUAUAAUAUAAUAUAUAAGUAUGAAGAAACAUACAAUUAUAAAUUGCCAAGGAGACAAAAAUUGAGGCUGUUUGAGAAGGCGGCUCAGUUCUCUGAGGGAGUAAGAACCUUCGCCCGGAAAGAUAUGACAAGGAGCCAGUUAUGCAAAAAAUGAAAAAAAGAACAUUCAAAGUAUAGGAAAAAGUUUUGCAAAAGUUCUAAGGUGGGAAAAAAUCUAAGAAAUGAAAAAAGACUAAUGUGUCCAGAGCACAAUGACUAAGGUGGAAAGUAGCAGGAGAAGAGGUUGUAAGGGCAGUCUUGUGCCUUUGAGCAGGGUCACAAUAGGCGGUGUGAACUUUAUUCUGAGUGUGAUAGAAGUCAUUGAAAGAUUUUCAAACGGGAUGCCCAAAUCCUAUUUUUUAUUUUAAAAGUUCACUCCUGCUGCUAUAUAGUGAGUUAACUGGGUGAUGGUAUGAGUAGCAGGAAGACGACUAGUUGGAAGAUUAUUGCAGUAAUUCAGGUGAGAGAUGAUGGUGUGUCUUCAAACAGAGUGGUGGUGGUAGAGAUGGAGAAAAGUAGACAGAUUAUGGUACAUUUUUGAGGUAAAAAUCAGGAAGACUUAAUGAUGGAUUAGAAGAGAAUAAGGAAAAACAAGAGAUAAAGGGUAAUUUUCAGGCUGCCAUAUUAAGCAAUUGGGUAGACAGUGGUACCAUUUACUGAGAUGAAGACAACUGGAGGAAGAACAGAUCUGGGAGAAAGGAAGAGUGGAAAAGAGAAUUCCAUUUUAGACAGACUAACUUUUAGGUAUCUGUUCUGUCCAAGUGGGAAUAUUUGAUUAGCAGUUAUAUAUAAGAUCUUGGAGCUCAGAUGGGAACUAUGUUGGUGAUAGAAAUUUGGGAGUUACCAACACAUGGAUGACAUGUAAAGCCUAGGGAAUGGAUAGGGUCAUUGAGGGAUUAUCUGGUUUGAUGGUUAUAAUCGCCAUUGGGCCUGUGGCAACAAGUGUAGUUGAAUAUCAGUUUGGUUUUAAAGCAUUACAUUUCAGUAAUUGGGUAAAUGAACUGUACUUAUAGAUCUAUAGAUGGUCAUGUAUUUGUUCUUUAUUGCCCUGAAAUGUAAUGGUGGGGAGAGAAGCAAGAUAUCAUUUCCAUAGAUGCUCCCUACAUCUGGCACUCAAGCUUGCUGUUUUCUGUUUUCUGUGGGCUGAGGGCCAUGUCAGUUUCCUGCCGCCUACAGGACAGACCAUGGAGCUGAAGGAACUUGAGUGGCCAGCUGUCCAGGUGUGAAGCCCAGCCAGCCAGUACCCUGUGUAUCUGGCCACUGGAUCCACUGGACUAGGAACAUCUGCCCAGCAGCCAGAUGCCUCCUUUAGCACAAGUGGAACAUUGGAAAUCUUUGAGGUUGAUUUCAGGGACCCCUCUGGACUUGAAACCCAAGGAAGAUCUGAACCUCCUCUUUCUAGGUUUCACAAGCUGAUCUGGGGGAGCUUUGGCAAUGGGCUUCUGGAAGGUUCCGGGGUUAUUGCAGGUGGCAGGGACAAUGGUAUGCUUACUCGAUGCAAUGUGACCCACAUCCUGUCCUCGGGAAAGGAGCCUGUGAUUGCCCAGAGACAGAAGCACAUGGGAGCUGUCAGAGCCCUCAACUUCAAUCCUCUCCAGGGAUGGUGUGUCCCCAAAAGCCUAUUCUUCAUGCAGGGCAACCUCCUGGCCUCAGGGGCCAGUGAUUCGGAAAUCUUCAUUUGGGAUUUGAAUAACCUGAGUAUACCAAUGACCCCAGGAUCCAAAUCACAGCAGCCUCCGGAAGACAUCAAGGCACUCUCUUGGAACCGGCAAGCCCAACACAGUCUGUCUUCUGCUUACCCUAGAGGCAAGGCAGUUAUGUGGGAUCUCAGGUAGAACAGGCCUGUCAGCAAAGUCAGUGAUCACAGCAACAGGAUGCACUGCUCUGGCCUGGGCCACCCAGACAUAGCCACCCAGUUGGUGCUAUGCUCAGAAGAUGAUCGUCUCCCAGUGAUACAGCUAUGGGAUUUACGCUUUGCCUCCUUGCCUCUGAUGGUGCUGGAGAGUCAUAGCAGGGGGAUCUUGUCUGUGUCCUGGAGCCAGGCUGCUGCUGAGCUGCUGCUCAGCUGUGCCAAGGACCAUCAGAUCUUGUGCUGGAACCUGGGAGCUGUGAAGUGGUAUAUAAGCUGCCCACAGUGCGGCUGGUGCUUUGCUGUGCAGUCGUGCCCACGGGACCCUUCAGUCUUCUCUGCUGCUUCCUUCGAUGGCUAGAUCAGUUUGUACUCUGUGAUGGGUGGGAGCUGGGAAGUCCAGCAGAUGAGACAGGCUGGCAAGAUCUUUUCUUCUUUCAGCAAAGGGCAGCCUUUCCCACCAUUGCAGGUGCCAGAGCAAGUGGUCCAGGCAUCAUUGAUACAUCUCCUGAGAAAACCCCCCAAAUGGAUGAGAAGGCCAGCAAAUGUUUCAUUUGCUUUUGGGGGGAAGCUGGUUACCUUCGGCCUCUCCAGCACCCCUGCCCAUCAGGUGCCACAGCCUCACCUCCACCUAGUCUUCAUCGGUCAAGGCACCACAGAGUCUGCAUUGCUGAUGUGGUCAGCUGAACUGCAGGAGGCCCUGGGCUCAGGGAAUCUCCCGAGUUAUUGGCAGAGCAGGAUCCAGCAAGCAUCACUGCAAAGCGAAAAGAUGCUCUGGCAGUUCCUGAAGGUGACCUUAGAGCAAGACUACAGAUUGAAAUUCCUAAAGCUCUUAGGAUACAAUAAAGAUGAGUUUCAGAAGAAGGUGACCGUGUGGUUGAAGAAUGACUUGGGACCGAGUGAGAGCCCUCAGCCCCAGAAAGAUGAUCUCAGCAGUAACAGACUACAGGCCUCCUGCAGCCAGGCUUCCAAAUACACCACAGAGGAAACUUCUGCCUCCUCAACCUUCUAUGAUGAGCUGAUCCCUCAGAACAUGACUCCAUGGGAGAUCCCCAUCACAGAAGGGGAUGCCUCUGGGCUCCUGAGCCAGGCUCUCCUGCUUGGAGAACUGGGCCCUGCUGUGGAGCUGAGUCUGAGGGAAGAGCGCUUUGCUGAGGCUAUCAUCCUGGCCCGUGGGGGUGCAGAUUUGCUGAAGCAAACACAGGAGUGCUGCUUGGCCAAGAAGAAAACUAAAAUCUCCCCGCUGCUAGCUUGUGUUGUGCAGAAGAAUUGGAAGGAUAUGGUGUGUGCCUGUAGCCUGAAGAACUGGAGAGAGGCACUGGCCUUGCUAUUGACAUACUCAGGGCCAGAGAAAUUCCCUGAGCUGUGCGGAAGACAUGCUGGCUACUCGAAUGCAGCAGAGGGCAGUAGGGCACUAACCUCCGAAGCCAGACUCUGGUAUGUGUGCUCAGGCAGCGUGGAGCAGCUGGUGGAGUGCUAGGGAAAAUGCCACCAGGCUCCAUCCCCCAUGGCUCUACAGGACCUGAUGGAGUAGGUGAUGGUCCUUAAUAGGAGCUUAGAGCUACUUCAGUGUCCCAAUGGGGUGAGCCCAGGCCCUGCCACAACCCGCAGGAUCAUUCAGUAUGCCAGCCUCCUGGCAUCCCAGGGAAGCCUGGCCAUUGCCAUGAGCUACCUACCCAGUGACUGUGCUGAGCCACCAAUUCGGCAGGUGAGAGAUCGGCUCUUUCAUGCCCAGGGUUCUGGUGUCUUGGGCCAACAGUCUCCUCCCCCCCCGCCCCCCCCCCCCCGGGUUGCUGCGGGAGCCACGCCCCACUUUAAAGAGACAUCAUUUUACAGAUUGGGAUUCCAGCCUUCUCACCAGGUUCCAACUCCAUCUCCAAGGCCAAGAAUUUUCACACUUCAGUCAUCAGUAGUGACGCCCUCAGCACCUUCCCAUCCUAGCCUGUAUCAAGGCUCCAGAAUGCAGAAUAUAAAUGGCUACAGGGCACCUGGGUCCCAGCCUUUGCCCCAAGGCCCUGGGGUAAGCCUUGCUUUGUCACAGCUGCAGCUGCUAAGAGGGCAAACAGUGCAAGCUGCUAACCCAGUGGGAUUUCCUGGAACCUGGCCUCUUCCUGGCCCCCUUCCACCCAUGGCAACCCGAGACAUCCUGCAGCCUGGCUCUGCCUCCCUGGCUGAGACUGCUCAACUGCUCCCUCUGCUUCCUGUGAGGUCAUCAGGUCUCAGCCCUCUGAGCGCCCCACCUCCAGCCCCUCAGGUCAGCUUCCCUGCAGCACAGCCUCUGGGAGGGCCUGGUGCUCCCCGCUCCGGCAUCUCCCCAGUAGCUGGCCUCUUGGCUCCCCACCCAGGACCUCAAGAUUCCUUGAAAAAGGCCCCAACUCCCAGGGCAAACCUUUGGAGGAAAAAGUUGCCACAGACAUUUAUGCCCCCAGCACCAAUUACUGCUGCAGUUAUGAGACCCAUGACUGAGCCUUGAGGGGUUCUUUCCUCACAGCCCCCUGUCCCCAGCAUGGGCCAUGCUCCCCCAGAAGCGCCAGGAGAACUCAGCCUUCAGCAACUUCGGCAACAGCCAACUGAGAAGAUGGAAAGGAAGGAGCUGCCCCCAGAGCAUCAGUCCUUGGAGACCAGCUUUGAGGCAUUUUUGCAGCUCUGCUCCCUGUCUGCGACCUACAUAGUAAACAAACGGAAGCUGGAUGAGGUGACCCAGCAUCUAGAAUGUCUAUACAAGAAGCUCUGCGAAUGGACACUCUCACACCCUGUCCUGGCUGGGCUCCACAAGGUUGCCCAAAGUGUGGAUGCAGGAAGCUUUGAGCAAGGCCUCACCGUGCACGCCCAGGCGGGGGGCUGCAUCAGCUUCAGCGAGGUCUCCAGCUUCAUGCCCGCCCUGAAGGCUGUCCUCCCCGUUGCUCAUAAGCUGCACGUUUAAACCAGACGGCCUCUCUUGACAGGAAGCUACUCCCGCUGUUACUUACCUCCUCCUUGAGAAUAGGGGAUUUUUGGAAUGGAUUGUUUUUCCCAUCCCUUUUCCCUCCCUGCCAGGUAUAUGAUGCUACAGGCUUGGCUGCAGACCAGAAGGGGGCCUGCUUUUUACCCCUUUUUUCCUGGCCUUCUAAGAUCUCCCCAAGGCUUUGUCAGCCUCUGAGGCCCAGCAUAGAGCUACUUUUUCACUUUCCCCAAUACUGUACUCCAACAGGACGUGGGGCAAGAGUGUCUUCAUCCCCAGGGAUAUUCUAUUUAAGUGGCUUCUGAGAGGUUGAGCAGGAUUGUUACUUCCAAGCCUAGCUCUGCCAUAGCCAUCUUGAGUCUUUUGUGUUUCCCCUUCUGUGGGUUGUGAGCCUGACCUUACCAUUCUCCUUGCCUCUGACUUCAUAUUUCCAGGUCCAUACUUCUCAGAGCCCUGGAUGCUAGGGUAGAGUUGACCAUUGUUAAUCCUUUGAAUGACUUAUGGGGUUGGGUGCUGAGCAGAACCAAGAGAAGGAACUUCGGCCUUUUUUAAAAGGAACUCCUCAUUUGCCAGCAUUAUUAAGGGUAGGCUAGGUUAGGUGGAAGGGGUGCACUGCCUUUUAUUGGGAGCUGGCUUGGACUGUGAGCUAGGAGCAGGAGACCACUGCUUAUAGAGAAUGCGUCCUGAUUGCACCUCUCUGAGCCCCGGCCAAGGCCCUAGAACAUUUGUUUUUUGAUUAUAAGCCCAAUUCAGGAAUAGGAGCAUGUUAACUGAAGGCUCUUCUCUAGCGCUGCUCCUCAAGGGUUGGAGGCCCUUCUCUUCCUCAGCCCCCACGUCUCAGGGCUGCACUUUCACGGCUGGACUCGGCAUUUGGAGCACUAUGUACUUAAUGUGCAGUAAAACUGCUUUGACUUGGUUUCCUCAGUUAUCUCCCAAUUAUUGUGUCCUCUGGGUUCUAGUGUACCCAUACCUCUCUUCCUAGUCCUCUUUGUCUUUGCUUACUGCACCCUACGAAGGCACAGGAGAGGCUUGGGGGCAGAUGGGAGUCAAGAGAGAAGAAAGGAGGGUGUCUCUGAAUUACACUGCAAGGCUCUCUCCUUGCAGCAUUUGUGGCCACUCUGCUCUGUGUGUGUGUCUCCAUCCGUGCCUGACAUUCAGCUCCAGGGUUUUCCCCACACCACUUGAGGACUGAGCUCAGCUGCACAAAGGGGCUGGGUGUGAAGCCAGGGGGUACUAUCUCUAAUCCUGUUGUAGAUCCCAUCAAGUCUGCAGGCUAGAUGUGUGUGUUUGGGAGGAAGGAAUUGUUAGGCAGUAUUUGUUUGUAAAGCCACUUGCUCUUCAGAUAAUACUUGCACUAACUUCUAUUGAGGAAGCAGUGUGAGCCCCAGCAGAGUCCUUUCCCCAAGUGUCUUUGAAGCCAAGAGCCCAUUGAAGGCAAGAAAGGCGGGGAGAGAGGAUUAGUUUGUUCAGCAGCUGUGAAUUUCAGUGGGAGGUUGAUGAACUCUGAAGUCUUUGUUUAAAUUAAAGUGGGGGAGAAAAAAGCCGCUGCUGGAGGGAGAGCCCCACUUGGGGCCCUGAACUAACACAAGGAGAAGUCUGAGCUGCAGGGAGCUGUGUACUGACUGCGAAGACUUUUCCCAAACACUUUCGGAAAAGGUGUUGUGAGAAGAGAGGGGGGCGGACUGGGGGAUUAGCAUGUGAAAUGAAGUUUUCAUUGACUCCAGUGGGGGUAGAAGGCUAUUUUAAAGGCAUUUUGUUCUCUUAUUUUCUCUCCUUGAGCUCUUUAGAGAUAUUGUUUUGCUAAGGCAGGCUUUCUUCCCCCUUCUUUCCAGUCUGCAGAUUGCCUCUACGGGAGCCAACAUAAAUAUUUCUCCUCCAGGAAUGCAGGUUAAUUAAAAGGAAAUGAAUGAGUGGAAGCAUCCAAUCCAGACCCACAAUAGGCGAGUGCCCUGGCCUGCCCUUCCCUCCCACCACCAUCAGCACCACCAGCGCUGAGCACGACCCUGUCUCUGUCUUUGCCCUAACCUGCUGCUAAGGCCAGUUGAGGCUGGGUUUCUUUUCAAGAAAAGAAAGCCCUGCCUGUGUGUAGGCUCACAGGCCAGGGACAGGAAGGAGACAGUGUUUUGCCCCCCCAACCAGAGUCUGUGUCACUUCUCAGGACCUCCCUCUGCUUCUGUCCUCCGGUGGAAACAAGUGGGCCCCUAAAGAGCACACAAGAGGAGGGAAGGGGCUGGGGUUCCAGUGUGUGCCCCAUGGUAAUUUACUAGUUGGUAGAACAAGCCUGACAUCUUCCUCAGCAUUUCAGUUUAAAUUUGGAAAACAAAAGGUUUGACUAGACCUCAAAGGUGUCUUCCCAAGCAGCCCUUUUGGAGUUAUCCACGUUUGUUAGGGGAGCGCAGCCCUGGUACAAGAGAGUAUGAAAGAGAACCUGACCUCCACAAAUGCAGGGGGGCUUGGAGGGUUGUUCACUACUCUGUUUCCACUCCAGCGUUUGUUGAAUGAACAAAAGAAUGAAUGGAUGCCAGAGGGAAAAAAUCAAUAGUUGUGAAAUAUCUCAGUAAUGUUUUCUUUAUAGAAUGCAAAUGCAUCUGUUAUCAGUCAUAUCCAUUCAGGAAUACAAAACAAUAACCUAUGAAGGAACUUCCUGGCAGCAUGACAUCUUUCAAGUACUGAGUUAUCAAAUUACAGAGUUAUCAAAUAAGAUGUACAAUAGUUCUACUUUUAUGCCGAGAGAUCUCCUGGAGAAUGCAGAUGUCCUUUACAACAUGGUACUUUUAUAUUUUCUAGCUUCCUUGCCAGAUUUUUGUACUGCUCACUUUUCUGUAAUUCUCCCAGUGGGGUAGCCAGGUUAGUACACGCUGCUGCUGGAGGAGGGAAGAGCAAGUUGGGAGAGUCUACCUGCCCAGAUCGAAGCUGAGGGAAGAAGCAAAGGCCUUUUGCUGGUAGAGCUGGAAACGAAGCACUGGGGGACCCUGAAGGGAAGUGUGUCCCCUGUAAGGAAGGAAAGGGAACCUGUCUCCUCAGUAAGUAGGACCAGAAGAUGUGUAGAGAUGAAGCCAGGGCUUUGGGCCGAUCUGGCCACCAUCUCAGUUUGGAAUAUGGGAGCCCUUCCACUCUCCCGGGUCAGCCCCUGCAAGCCUCGGCCCUGUGCCUACUUGAAGCCACACCUCCUCUGUGGUCUCUGCUACCCUGACCCUGACAUCUGACCAGUUCUGCUCCCAAAUGGCUGCCCAGUGCCCAGACCCAGGACCCACCUAGGGGAGGGGAGAAGGCUGGGAAGCCCCUUGGGCUGCCAAGCGGCUGUCAAGGGAUUGGCUCCCCCCUUCCCAGAGCCCUGUUUCAUAAACAAGUUCCUGCUGUACUGCUUCUCUCUGGGAAGAGAGCCAGCCGACUCAAGCACCACAAGCAGCAAGCUCUCAGCUACUGAGUGAAUGCGUUAGUGAGAGAUUCGUGUGGAUGGUUUACUAAUCCUUGGCAGAUUAGCCUCAGUCAGGCCAGGGUAACUACUUAGGCCAGCAGGGAAGUGAGGCCCUCAGGAGGAUGGUGUCCUGACAAGGUGGGCGGGAGGAGAGGGCUAGAGGUUACAUCUUCUACUCACCUUCCCUUUGUCCCCAAGAGUAAGUUCAAUACCUGGAAGGAAAAGCACACAGCACAGUGACUGCAAUAAAUUAAAGUUCAAGGUGCUGAACUUCCUAUUAACAACAGCUUCAUUGCAGGAAGUUUUUACUUAUUGAAGGAAAGCAUCCAAAGCCAUGAAUCCUGCCUGUUUGAGAACCAGGUUAGUGAAGAGGAAGGGUCCCAGCUUCUCCUUCCUUAUAACCUGCCAUUAGAGGGGCAAACCAGGUUCUGAAGGGGAAAUUGGCUUUAUUUAGCUCAGCCUUGGUUCAGAAGAACAAGGAUCCUUUGAGGAAGAAGAGGUAAACUUGGUUGCUAGGAGGGAACAGGUUAGGAGCAAGGAGAAGGUUACUAUAAAGAAUAGGAAAUGACUGGUAAUCUGCUCUUACAUAGUUCCUAGACAUUGUGGGUGGGUGUCGGGAGCCCCUUAGGUGAUUGUCUAGGAAGGUCAUUGCCCCGCUGGUAAAGUCCACUAGAGUUGUGGCAUCACAAAGAUGAGUGGCACCCUUGGUGUUCAGCAAAUCAUCACUCCAGGGUUUCUCCUCCUCCGUCUUUAUCCCCACCUCUAGGAACCGACCCCCGAAGACAUGCUUUUUCCUGGGUCUGUUUUCUCAGUUUCUUUUCAACUGGGAAAGAGGAAAAGGAAGAAUGGAAGGGAAAGCAUUAGAGAGUCAUGGGGAGUCUGCCAAAAGUGAGCAGGGAAUCAGAAGCACCCGAGGGGCUCUGCAGAGGGAAGGUGUGGCGUGGUAGAUUCCAGGCAGCACAAGAUGGGGGCUGUGGGGAGGCAAGACAAUGGGCAAAAAAGAGAAGUGGUGCCUUUACGCCGGUCCUGCACAUCUAAGAAGCGUUCUUGCACAGGCCGGGUCAGGCAUUAGGGCAGCUAGGAAGGGGAGGAGGAACGCCUAUUCUCAUCCUAGUCCCAGGGAGAUCAGUAGCUCAAAAUCCCAGAACGGAGUUCUUGGACCAAAGUGUGGGCUGUGAGGACGAUUCAGACAGCUGGAGAGCAUAGCGGAACUGGGGACGCAGGCUGGGGAGUGGCAAGCUCCAGAGAGACUGCAGUGUCUCUCACUCCCAGGAUCCCUGGGCUUGGAGUGCGGAGGCCCCAUUCCCUAGGGACCUCUAUUACCGGGGUCUCUAAAAGAAGCCGAAGACAAAGGUGAAAGGGGGGCAGCGAGGAGACGCUUAGGGUUUUCUCCCGGGCGUGUGCGCCGCGCCCCCACGCGGCCGCUCCGUGCGGCUGCAAAAGUACUUGGUGACCCGCCGGCGGCACUGCUCGCAGCGGACAGCGCAGCACCAGUGGAACUUGCAGUUACAGCUGGACACGGUCUCGGCGCGGCGCUCCUCCACCGCCAGCCCGCAGUCCCCGCAGAGCCGGCGGCAGCUGCGGCGCUCCCAGCGGCCCAGGGCCCGCCCGCGCCGCAGGCACUCCCGGCCUUCAGUGCCCAGCAGUCCUAGCGUUUUGUUCUCCAGGCAGUAGUCCGGGGAGUCCUCCAAGUGCACCAGCUCCCGCGUGGAGAUAGAGCGGAAAGUAUCGGCAAUGGCGCCGCGGCCGGCCGCGCUGUUGCCAGCGCCCUGCAGCAGGUCCACCUUGAGAGCUGCGUGGUACUUCUCCUUAAGGUGCGCGCCCACCUCGCGGAACUCGGGCAGCUGCAGCCAGCAGGUCUGCGUGGUGCAGCUGCCGGACACACCGUGGCACUUACACGUGCGUUUCAUGGUGCCCUUCACGGCCUAGGGAGAGAGCUAGGAGUGAGCGGGCCAGGCAUCAAGCUCGUGGGGAGUCCCUGCCUCCGGGGCCGUUGCGAGGCGUCUGCCGUGGCCAGUCGGCUCGGUAGGUACCUCAUUUUUCCAGUCCGCUAAAUGAACUGCCCAGCGGUCCGCACCUAGGGCUGGUAGCGGAUGGAGCCAGCUGCCAACCCCAGGGACCGCAGCACUCACCUUGCGACCAGCCUCGUUGUUGUGCAGAUUCAUGGCUGCCCGGGCAUCCUGUCCUGUCUCCAGGGCAUCGACGAACUGCUUGGAUAUUGCUUCCCCGAAGCCCACGUUGUCACUACAACCUCCCCACAGCCAGCCUUGGCCCCCUGGAAAAGUGAAGGGGGGAAGGUGAUUGAGCAGGCCGGCGCGGAGCCUCCUGGGGUGCUGCUUCUAAUUGGGUUUGGGGGAGUCUGGGACAGCGGAGGAUUAAGGCUGGGCAAGUGCCCUGUCUGCAGAUUAGUUUCAGCCUACAUUUGUCCUUGCCACCCUUGCGCUCCCUCUUCAGCCCAGCCAAUCCCCUGCUCAGGCCUCCAGGGCUGAGGAGUUGCGAAGCGGAUUCUCUGCGAGGUGCUGGUGCGCAGUUCUGCGUAGAGUGUUUCUGGCCCGUGGGCAGAGUGUGCAUGUGCCCAGUCAGCGAAUGACACCCGGAUGGUUCAAAAUGACACGAAAUAGGUGAAGAAAGCACGAGCAUUGAGGGGGAUAUAGGCGCACAACUGAAAUGAUGUGGAACCAGGCUGGAGGUUGAGCUGGAGGGCAGAGGGGAUUAGAGAGGACGGUGGAGGUAGAGUGGAAAGCAGACAGCGAUAGGCGCAAGGGAGAGCAUCACCCUUCCACCCCCCACCCCCAGGUGAGAGCACCAGGGCUGUAGACACGGAGUGGUGUUCCUUUAUCAUCACCGUAUUUAAAUUAAGGAUAUCACUCAGGGGAGGAGGGUCCCAAGCAAUACUUAGCCUGGUUUGCCACUGUAGGGUUUGGGCUUAAACUGAUUUGCCCUGAUUUUCCUCAGUCUUAAAAGAUUAUCACUCUUCUUCACCCCACAGAGCUACCUACCAAGCUUUUCAUUCUUUAAGUGAACUUACUAGCCUGCCCUACCCCUACCCACCCCCAAAUCACUACUCACCCAGUUGCCCAUUGCGGGAGUCAUCACAGCCACAGUUGUCAAAAUCCCCGAGGCUGCAGUUUCUGGUCAGAGUGUACAUGACGCCCGCCGAGCUGAUGGCGUGUACAAAUGCUGUCUCCCGAUUCGCUGGCGGGAACCGAAAAUGGGUGAGUUAGAGGAAGGGCUUGCAAACCAAAGAAAAUACCAGUUAUGCUGCCUGCCCUUAGUACCCUCACUAUGCCUCCCUCCACAGCUCCAUCCUAUUUCCCCACCUUUGUAAGGUACCUUAUUCUCUUCAGGGCUCUGCUCCAGCCCUGGCCUCAGCCCUACUCUUCUCUCCUGUCUUUUCAGAUCACACGUUUUAGUGUGACUAGGUGGCUAGAUUACUGCUGACUGUACAUGAUUGUAAAGGAUUUAGGUGACAAAGAGCCGGAGGAAGAAAUGGGGGAGGAGGUGAAUCUGAAAGCUGGGUUGAGAAGAGCCCAUCUGCACUUCCUCCCGGAAUGUUGACUUCUCAGAGGCCUGCACCAGCUAGUCCCGAGAAGCGCCUCUGGCUGGCAGCUCUUCCCUGUGUUGGCAUAGCCACUCUGUCUUCUCCAUGGGAAUCUCCUCACCAAAUCGGCUCUCACUUGCUCUGUACCUCUCUGCUGAGCCCGCCGAAGGAAAGGGCUAAGAGGCAUGAGGAAUUAUGACCCCUGCCUACCUCCUGGUGUUAUUGUUAUUGUGAGGAAGCCUUUAGCCAACUGGGAGGCAAUGACAGAACAGAAUUGGGGGGUGGGGAGGCAAGGUCCCUUCGUUUGAGCAGUGAGGGUGUGAGGGAAGAAAGAGAAAAGCUCUAUAGGUAGGGAAGAGUUGCUGAAGAAGGCACAGAGAAGAUCCCAGAGGGAGAUGAGCUGAGAGUAGAGACCAGGUGAGGAACAAGUGUGUAAAGGAGGCAGGGGGCCGUCCCUGGAGAGGGGGGCUCUAACCUGUGGCCAGGGGCCGAGAGCUGUGGUCGAGCCUUUCCUUACCACUGCGCAGGCCACCAUGACUGGACAGCUGCAGGGCUCUCUCAGGGCAGUUCCAGCGGUCCCAGGCAAACUGGUAUUUGCAUUCCUCAAUACCACUCUGGGCCCCAGCUGCCACACUGCUGGAGUAGAUGAGGUAAGCCUGCCGGAACACAGCCGUCAAAAUGCAGGUUCACAGCAGCCGAGCUCGGGGGACAUUUGUCCUAAGGUAGUCGAGCACCUCUCUGCCUUCCCACUCUCCCACCCCUCCAAAAUAAUGCCAGAGCAAAAUAUGCAGUCUCAUUUCACAUCACAAAUAACCUUGUGAAACGUAGCAUUUUAUAGAUUAGUUACCUGAGGCUCAGAGUUAAAGCAGUUUGCCCCAGGUUCCACAGCUAGCAAAUGUGGAAGUAGGAAGGAAAUUUGGUUUUAUCAGAGACUAGACCUCAGAGCCUUUGUUCACCACGCUAUGCUGCCUCUCCAAAUUGAGCCCAAAUUAUAUAAUUCGUGACUUUUCAGCUGUUCUUAUUCCAUUACUGUCUUAGAAAAGAACAGUUCAGAGCUGGAAAUGUCCUUAGAGAUCAUCCAAGGACAGUGCCAGAUUUUAAAGAUGGAAAACUAACAUCCCACCACUGCACUGAGAAAGAUGCAUGACCGCAGCCUGACACCCCUGAAAGGCUGUUUGUUGACUUUUCUAGCUCUUGAAAUUCUGGCCAUAAAUACAGAUUCAAUACUACUGAGUUCUUGUCUUGGCUCUGACACUAGUUUGCUGUUGUAGCUUUGGGGGUGUUCCUAACCCCCUCUGGGCCACAUUUUUCUGUCUAUGUAAUAUAUAUAGCAUAAUAAAAGAUGUGGAUAUAAUGAAAAGAAAUUGACAUACUUAGCCUUCAGUCAAGAAGCUAAGAUUAAUGAAAUCCAAUAAAUUAAGGGAAUUUUUUCUUCUUACCUUUGGACCAGUCAUCAGGAAAUUGUUCACUGACCUAGAAGAGAGGAAAAACCACAGAGCAUGGUGGAGAUAUACCAACUCAUUUUUGCUGCCAAGAGUUGUAAGGAUCACUUCAGCAAAUAUAAUUGAUAGGAAGAAAGGGAAAAUGGCUUUGCCAAGGAAAAAUUAUGCAUAAGGAAUCUACUAAAGACAAUCUGUUUAAUAAAAAAAGAAUAGGUAUAAAAGGAGCCAGUAUUAUGUGUUCUUGGAUUUUUAAAACUUCAAAUCCCAAAAAUGUUGGGAGUAAUGUUUGAUCAUUAUUUUGCCAUGGAGUGGGAAGAGAGCUAGCAUGAACUCACUAAUGUGUACCGUAUGCUCUACUCUCAGUAUUUUACAUGUUGAUCUUGUCAAAUCCUUACAAUCUCAGGCAUUAAUAUUUUUUGAAUCUGAUACUCAAAAAAUUUAAGUAUAUUGCUGAAGCUAAUAAAUGUUUGAAGCAGGAUUUGAAUCCAGGUCUGUCUGACUCCACGGGAUUCUCAGAAGGAUAGUUCUCUUAUCAGAAGGAGGUAAACAGUGGAAUAUCUUUCUAGGGAUUGAGUAAUAAUUACAUUCCAAAAAUAAGUAAUCUGACUCUGGAAAACAGUUUGGCUGCCCUUUCAAAACUAACAACAGAUUUACCAUAUGACUUAGCAGUUCCAGGUUUGGCAUCUAUUCCAGAAUAAUGAAGGCUUGUUUUCACUCAGGAACUUGUACUUGGGUGUUCAUAGAAACUUUUCUCGUAAUAACCCCAGGUUGGAAACUAUGCAUAUGUCCUUCAAAGAGUGAGUUGUUUAAAAACUGUGGGACACCCAUACCACGGAAUGCUACUUAGCAAUAAAAAGGAAUGACCUCUUGCUACAUGCCACAACUUGGACGAACCUCAAGGAAAUUAUACUGAGUAAUCAAAGCCAAUCUCAAAAGGAUACGUACUGUGUGACUUUGUUUAUAUACAAUUGUGAAAUAUGUAACUGGAGCUGGAGAACAGAUCAGUGGGUGCUAGGGGUAAGGGCUGGAGGAUGGGUGUAACUGUAAAGGGAUAAUACCAGAGAGUCUUGUGGGAUGGUAGUUAAGAAACUUGACUGUAGUGUGCUUAUGCAAAGCUAUACAUGUGCAAAAGUGCAUUCAGCUACACACGCACACACACACACAUACAAUAUAUGUAAAACUGGUGAAGUCUAAAUAAACUUCAUGGAUAUUGU